AUGGAGGCCGAGGCAGGCGGCCUGGAGGAGCUGACGGACGAGGAGAUGGCGGCGCUGGGCAAGGAAGAGCUAGUGCGGCGCCUGCGGCGGGAGGAGGCGGCGCGCCUGGCGGCACUGGUGCAGCGCGGCCGCCUCAUGCAGGAGGUGAAUCGGCAGCUGCAGGGCCACCUGGGCGAGAUCCGCGAGCUCAAGCAGCUCAACCGGCGUCUGCAGGCAGAGAACCGUGAGCUGCGCGACCUCUGCUGCUUCCUGGACUCGGAGCGCCAGCGCGGGCGGCGCGCCGCACGCCAGUGGCAGCUCUUCGGGACCCAAGCAUCCCGGGCCGUGCGCGAGGACCUGGGCGGCUGUUGGCAGAAGCUGGCCGAGCUGGAGGGCCGCCAGGAGGAGCUGCUGCGGGAGAACCUAGCGCUUAAGGAGCUCUGCCUGGCGCUGGGCGAAGAAUGGGGCCCCCGCGGCGGCCCUGGCGGCGCCGGGGGCUCAGGAGCCGGGCCAGCACCCGAGCUUGCCUUGCCCCCGUGCGGGCCCCGCGACCUAGGCGAUGGAAGCUCCAGCACUGGCAGCGUGGGCAGUCCGGAUCAGUUGCCCCUGGCCUGUUCCCCCGAUGAUUGAAGGCACUGCUUCCUCCACGCCGACGCCCGCCCGGAUUGCUCCCCGAGCCCCGGGACCGCUGUGGACCUCGGGACCUGGACGCCGUCCUGGCUGCGCAGGAGGGGCCGCUGGCAUGGACUAAGAAAUCCUGACACCAAGAAGGGCCCCUCGCUCUUGCUGGCAGGGCAGCAGGGGGACUGAAGGCUGGAGCGGAGGGACUUGCUGGGGGUUGGAUUGGGGGUAAUAAACCCGGACGGAAGCGGA